UAGUACUACUAGUAGUGCUAUCUCCCCAAAACAAAACCAAAUCAAAUCAAAACAAAACAAAAAAAGAAACAAAGAAGCAAAAAAAGAACUCUUAUAUUAUUAUAUCUUCUCCAUUACCACCGUCUUCCACACCGUUCCAGCAUGGCACACCGCCCCUCCCAACGGCGGAACUUGGCAGCUCCAGAAACCAAUCCACCGCUCACAGGUUCUGCUCCGGCUAAGCACCCCCACCCCAGACCCACCACCACUUUCAUAGCUACACCUUCUCACCACCCAACACCAAACCCAGAUCUCAUCCAAGCUUGUAAGCCUUCUUCUUUGGCAAAACACUUCUCGAGCCUAAACUUGAGUCACAGAGCCCCUACACCCCAUAAACAAUCUCAAACCAAACAUCCUCUUCUUGUUGACACACGUUUGCAGGCCAAAGCCAUGACAACCUCUGCAAUACUUGAUUCCUCCAAAUCUUUGCUCCUCAAACCGAAUACCCACAACACCAAACUUGCACCAAAGUUUGGAAAAAAGAGUACUAUGCCUGCAAAGAGACCUUACAAAGAGAAGCCCCAAAAGCCCAAUUUAGAAUUGGAAAACAGGAAAGUUCACGGCUUGAUGAAGAAUGAGAAGAAAGGAAAUAGUAACAGGAGUUUGGUUGAGGAUAUUAAGAUUGAAAAUUCAAGGAAUCAUCUUGUGGAAGAACAUGAUGUUAGUAAAAGAGUGUCUUUUUCUCUGGCUCCUAGUAUGGGUAGAAGAAGAUCUUUGUGUGGGUCACAGAUUGAUUUAGGAGAUGUCUUUGCAAUCAAUGGGGCAAAAAUGGUUUCGGCUGAUAUGGCACCGUUUAUGCAGAUUCAUGCUGUGGAUUGUGCCAGAAAGGCUUUUGAUAGUAUGGAGAAGUUCACAUCCAAGACCCUUGCAUUAUCCCUCAAGAAGGAAUUUGAUGGGGUUUAUGGGCCGGCAUGGCACUGUAUUGUGGGGACUAGUUUUGGGUCCUUUGUGACCCAUUCGGUUGGAGGGUUUCUAUAUUUCUCCAUAGACCAAAAAUUAUACAUCCUCUUAUUUAAGACCACUGUACAAAAAGCAGAGUGAAUGAGGUGAAUUCUGCAAUAAUCACAAGAAUUUUGGUAUACAUUUAUCUUAGAAAUAAAAAGAUUACGGUAGCAGCAUCCUUUGUACAUUACUUGUGCUUCAAGAAUGUAUCACCCUCAUUGUUUCCGUCUAAUUCUGAUCUUCUUCCUGGACCUAAGUGGGUCUGAAGAUGUCAAUGCAUUGUAACUAAUGGGGUUGGUUAAUAGAAAAACUCAACUUUACAAGCAAAUGUGCCCCAAUUGUUGUUGUAUAUCAUCUGCAUGUCUCUGUCUUUUUGUUUGGAUAAUUAUUAGAAUUAUGUUUUUUUGAACUGUUUAUAUAUCAUGUUAAUUUUAAUUAAUUGCUACAGAGUGUGCGGACAUUUUAUAUUUAUAACGACAAAUUUCUGACUCA